CGGAUGUGUUCUUGUCUCACGUGCGCCUCCCUGAUUUUUUUCCCGCGCUUGCAGUUCAUUUCCGCAGUCAGCUGACAGGAAGGCGUUGUUGUGUGCUAAAGUAAUGCGUUAGUUGCGCCCUCCUGCUUUGGCCGCCGUCAGUGAAGAGUUCACCAUGGCAACCGCUCCUGGACCUGACGUAGAAAAGCAGAGGCCUGGCCCCAGUGACCGUCUGAUCACUCUGUUCAGGACCUGCUCCAGAGAUCCCACAGAGGAAAUAAAAAUUAGACUGAAAGACAUGCUGCAAGAGUUUCUGCAGCACUGCAGGGAUGAUAAACAUGACGACGCAAAACGAGAGCUGGAGGAAAAGUGCUUCUGGGAUGCCACAUCAAUCUACUACACCAUCUUAGAAAAUCUUCCUGGCAUUCAGAUGCAGAACGUCUUGGAGGAUGACCUUUGGCACCGCUGUCUGGUAACCUGUUGCUUGCAGGUCGCCCUGAAAACAACCUUUCGAGUCAGUGAUGUCACUUGGCUCCUCAAAGUUUUCAAACUGGAUUCCUACCUUUUCUUAGAGGUGCAUAACCAGUUCCUAUUAAGGUUCGCGAAGGAAAAAUUCACAGACUUGAUCAGACGCUUUAAGCCAAUUGGAACAAGUGUUUUAGAGAGCUCCGUUUGGGCCAGCCACUCUCACCUGUGGGAGAAAAUCAAAGACAAUGAAGGAUUUCCACCUUUCAAACACCAGCUGACUUCCCCAACAAAUGUCAAAGGUCAGCCGGAAUCUAACCCACAAGAAGCAGAUGUAAUAUUGGAAGCAGAGUCGUCCAGGACCUCAGAGCACCAGCAUUGCUCCCCAGCUGUAAGGAGACCCAAGGGGCAACCUUUCCUUCACCGGUUUGCCAGGAUGGUUUACAGCGAGAUGGCAGAGCGUCUGAGGGAAAUGUGUUUCAAACUACAAGUCUCUGAUGAGUUGAGAUCAAAGAUGUGGACCUGUUUGGAGAGUUCCCUGGCCCAGCACACUUCCCUCAUGAAAGACCGUCACCUGGACCACCCGCUCAUUAGUGCCAUCUACAUCAUAGCAACGGCUACCAAGAACAAGCUAACGUUUGAGGAGAUAGUAGAGCGCUACAAGACUGAGCCAUAUAACAAUGGAAGUGUUUCCAAGGAGAUGCUGAACUCAGAGUCACCUGUGGAAAAUCUUCCCAAAGAGACGAUGGAUCUUGGAUCCCACAGAGCUGCUUUUCCCACACCAGAAGAAAACUCAGCGGAGGACAAGAGAGGCAGCCUCAUCAAUUUCUACCACCUCUACAGCAUAAAAAUGCAGCCGUUUGCAGAGAAGUUUGCCCAAACUUAUGGGGGAGAGACUCCUCCCAUAUCUCCAUUGCCGCCACCGCAGUCGAGAGAAAGUUAUCACCCAUCAAAGAGUGUUAACUUAACCGUCUCACCGUUAAACAGACAAGAAGUCCUUCGACAUACUCCCAAACACACCUAUAACAUUGGCAAAAGUAACAGAAAGGACCUGAGUAAAAUCUCUGACAUUGUAACCAGAAAACGUGAGCUGACGUUUAAAACAGAGGAAGAAGAUGGGCCUUCAUCCAAGCAAAGUUGCUUGGAAACUCCGUCAGGUCUGCAGAAUCGACUGAUGAAUCUGCAAAGAGAUCGGUCACUGGCACAGAACCAGAACAACCAGAACCACCCUGGCAGUUCAGCCUGUAACACGCAAUAAGUGAAGUUUACUUAAAAAAUGUAUGCAAACUCCUUGCCUCAAAAACAUCAAGUUUCCAAAACUUAAAAAUGUUAGUAUGUGCAAGUUGUACAUCUUAAGUUUUCACAACUCAACUAAUUUGAUGAUCUUGAGUGAGUUGUGUUGACAUGAAUGUACACAUAGCUCACUGUAAAACCUAAUUAGCGAUUUCUACUUAAAUAUAUGUCCAGAAUUAACUGAUUAACAUUAACUUGUGCAGUUUUAGUGAGCAUAAUAAAUCUACGUUGUGAUUAUUUAAACGAUUCAUUUUUUUAAAAAAAGAAAAGAAAAAAAAGAAAACUACUUAUUGAAACAGUUCCUGCAUUAAAUCUAUUACAGUGAACUUACAUUUGAUAAAAAUAAAUGAAGACGAGACCAACAGACAGCGACUGGUAGAAUAUUUCCCUGUGAAGCAGUGCAUAUUUUUGUAAAUCUUUUUUCAGAAAAAUCUGCUUUUUAAGCCAAACGCAUGGUAAACUAUUUCACAAAGCAAUGUGUUGCAAUUGUACUUAGAAUUUGUAGAAGUCAGCCAGGGUCAGAUAUUUUCUUUUGGAAGUUUUUGCAACUUCCAUGAUAUUUUCAGCAUUAGUAACUUUGAUGUGUUUAAUUUAUUUAAUAUUAUGCAGCAAGAGAACACUUUCUGUUCAAAACUGACGUGUUCAAACCGGCUGGGGAAUGGGUCUGGGUAAAGGUUCGUGGUUUGACAACAGGGUUAGAGCUUUGGUGGGAUGUUUCCAGUCUGCAGUAUUCCAAGGAAGGAACAGUUCUUACUGGCCUGAUACUUAUCUACUAUAAAAACAAACAACAUGGCGUACUUGAGCAGUAAAACAGGACCAUGGAGUAAUCAAAGACUAUAGCGUAGUCUGAGGAGUCACAUUUUCAUUUACAGCACAUGGAUGGCUUUGAUCUUCUUUCACCUUGUUCUGCUGCAUCCUGCAGUCCAUGAACAGACUUAACUCUGACCUACAGAGGCAUAUCCCUGCUGUCUUCUUUUAGCAGGACAAUACAACAAAACAAACAUUGUUAAAGAACUCCCCAGAUCUCCAUCUAAUUCAUGCAUGAGGAAUGUUGCCCAUUUUUCUCUAUGGUAGCAAUAUUUCGCAUCAGGUCAUAACUAACAAUCUGAAGCGUUAUCUUUACAGCACUAUUUUUAACUUUCAUACUUGUGCCUUUGUACUGUGCUGAAUGUUUAAUUGUUAUUGCUUUUUUUGCUUUGUUCACUCCAUUGUUUAUUCACAUGCAAUCACAGUGAUAGUGCAAU